AUGUAUCACAACUACUCGAAAGACAUGAUGAUUGGUCUCGCCAUCGCGUUUGCGAUACUGCCGUUUGCGUUUGUCUGCUUACGACUGUGGGCGAAGAGAAUAUCAAAGCGUCUUGGAUGGGAUGACGUUCUCACAGUCGCUGCACUGGCAGUCUGUGUGACAUGCUGUUUCUUGCAACUAGCCACGGCGAUACAUGGCUACUUGGGGUCUCACCAGCCCCUCGACGCGCAGGGUCGACCUAUCAUGGACGAUCUUGGCUUAAUCUUCUUCGAAGAGACAAAAUUUGCAAUCAACAUGAUUUCCAUCAUUGGACUUGGCCUCGUCAAAUCGUCAAUCUUGAUCUUGUACAAGAACAUCUUCAACGUCCGGAAAUUCCGCCUCUUUGUAUAUGCCGCGUUGGCGUAUGUGAUCGGCUGGACCAUCAGCUUUUCUUUCUCGCAUCUCUUUACUUGCUACCCUAUCACUGUCUUCAUCGAGCCCUACUACGGUAACAGCUGUGUCAAGACUGUGCCAAUGUUUCUGGCAUUGUUGACAGGUGAUCUAGUCUGGGUUUCAAUCAACAUUAUGACAAGGGCUGACUGCUCAAAAUAUUAUACCGAUGUUUUCGCAGAUCUCGUCAUCCUUAUUCUUCCCAUCCCUAUGGUAAUGAGCGUGCGAAUGGAGAGGAAGAAAAAGGUGGCUGUCAUUGUGAUGCUUUCUUUGGGUGCAGCUGUAUGUGCCAUAAGUAUCACACGCGUGGUGGCGACCUAUUCCAUUGCGGAAGAGUACAUCAAGCACCCCGACGAUGUCAUCUACUACACAGCGCCCGUCUUUUUCUGGACAAACAUUGAGCUAUCACUGGGUCUUGUAUGCGCGUGCUUGCCCACUCUACGGCCAAUCUGGUUCUACUUCUAUCCAAGAGAAGAGACACGGUCUGGGUAUGGCUAUGGACAUAGCUAUGGCCUAGGAUACUCGGGAAGAGGCUAUGGAUCAUCGGGCCUGCACGGCACUACGAAACACAGUUCUUCCAGUGGCAAGCUGACACGGAAGCCCUACCAGGAGAUUGACGAAUUAGAGCUGACGAAGAUGUCUGAGGACGCCGUUCACAUAACCCCCGAAGACGCUUCUGCCAUCAGCCGAAACAGAAUGACAAAGCAGUUGACCAUUCAUCAAGCCCUAGCAUGA